AGCACGAGCGGGAGCUUGGAGCAGGGGCCUGUUGGGAAGCCGGAAGCAAAUGAUGGAACAGAUGAAAUCGAUGGCAGUGGAAUAUCCUUUACUCGCCAGAAGAGGGGCAUCAGAGUCAGUGGAAAGUUCAUGCCUCCCCUGGACUGGGAGAGAGUUGAGAGGAAAUACAUAUCUAGGUCAUUAGGUCAUUCCUAUCUUCCCAAAUCAGGCCUGUCAUUAGUCUCAGGGACGCAACUUCACAAACCAGCUAGAACCUCAAUGACAGAUGAACAAUGUGAGAACAGAAAAUGUAAUCAAUAUGGUGAUAACAAUAAAAAACAAGAAGAGAGCAGCAUAGAAGGCUGGGAAACUAACAAUGAGGAAAAAGCUCAAGGCAUAUCUGUUUCAAAAAUUGGGAUUUCAAAGGAAACAAUGGAUGAACUGAAAGCCGUUCUAAAGGAGAGUCCUUUAAUUACCAGCCGGCAAAAAGUGAACAAUAUAACUAGUUGUUCUACCUCUGAUUUAAAUGGACAGAAUCUUGAAGAGAAACCCAGAGAGGAAGAGGGCAAAUCCCCCAUCGCCUCAAAAGCACAAUCCAGCAGCCCCAGAGAGCAGACAGCACAGAAAUCAAGCAGGCAAGUUGCUGGCGAUGAGCUGCUGAAACAGGUGGUGGCUAUUUCCAAUACCCAAAACUCAGAGAACAUCAAACCAUUCGUUUUGAAAGCAUCAGAAUUACCCAGCCAUGUUGACAGUGGGUUAGACACAAAGCACGACCCAAGUUCAUAUGUUACAGUUAACAUGAGAGACCUGCCUAUGAUUAACAGUGUAACUCCCUCACAAACAAGUACCACUGUCGAGCAAGUGAAGCAACAGAUCACAAGGGAAGACAUACGAUUUAUCCGUUUUGAAGCAAGUGACUUUCAUGGAAUUUCAAGAUCGAAAACUAUUCCAUCCCGUUUUUUUCAGGAGAAAGCGUUUCAUGGGGUGCCUCUUCCAAGAGGUUACCUGGAAAUAGCUUUGGACCCAAAGGAAAAUGGAAUGAAUCAUCCUAGUUUCAACAGUGACAUACUCUUAAUGCCCGAUAUCUCAACUUUCAGAAUCCUCCCCUGGGCUGUCAAAACUGCAAGGAUCAUUUGUGAUUCUUGCUCAAUAACAGGAGGUCCUCUUCUGACAUCCCCUAGACAGAUAGCAAAGCUUCAACUGAACCAGCUCCGGGCAUAUGGCUUCACCUUGUAUUCAACAUUCACAUAUGAAUUUUGGCUUUACAGUUUCACUCAGACAUUAAAUACACCGGCAUCUUUCCCUGCUGCAACUCUCCUGAAUAACCAUGACCAGAACUUUGUACAGGAGCUAUUCAAUGACAUGUAUGGUGCUGGAGUUGAUAUCGAAAGCUUUUCCUCUUCCUUGGGGCCUGGCCAAAUGGAGGUCUCCAUCCGAGCUGAAUUCGGAAUAGGUGCAGCAGACAAUGCCUUCACAUUCAGGACUGGCAUCAAGGAGCUAGCAAGGAAACACAAUAAUGCUGCCAGCUUCUUCACACCCUCAGGUUUUGGCAACUCAGGCACAUUUUCCCAUAGUCUGUGGGAUGCUAAUGGGAGGCAGAAUCUCUUCUGUGAUUCAACGGCAGCUCAAGAGCUGUCUGGCAUUGGGAAGAAAUGGCAAGUUGGCCUGGUGCAGCAUGCUGCUGCCCUCAGCUGCCUGGUGGCACCUGGACCCCGUUGUCGCCAACGCUAUAGUGCAGGGAAGCAUGAAGGGGUUGUCGACGUGACCUGUGGCUCUAACGACAACAGCUGUGCCUUUAAUGCCAAAUUCCAUGGUGGUGGGGGUGCCCGUCUUGAAAACCGACUAGCAUCAGCCAUGGCAAACCCAUAUGUCGUCCUCGCUGCCACUGUGGCUGCGGGUCUAGAUGGCCUCAGGAGAGAUUCCUCUGAAAACUCAACACAGGCUGCGCCCAUUCUUCACCCACUGAAACCCUGCAGCAUUCCUGUUCGGUUGGAGGAUGCUCUCAUUGCACUGGAACAUGAUUACUGCAUUCGGAGGGCACUGGGCGAACCUUUCAUUCAACAUUUCAUUGCUGUUAAACGUUUUGAAUUGAAGACACAGACAUUAGAUGGUGAGGAUGACAAGUACCUACAGUACUUCAUCUAGUAAAAUGGCCAUAGCUGUAUAUGUUAUAUCACGUGCACAUUACCAUUCUCCAUGUCAAACACAUCAAACAAUAGAGAAUAUAUAAGUGCAACAUGUACAAAAUACCACACACAUAACACCAUGUAGCGUAUAAUUGAGAGUACAUACUUUAAAAUAUAUAAUAUACAUAAAAACCAUAUAUCAUCAAUAGUAUACCAUGAACAACAUGCUAUACAUUUUACAUCACUCAGAGAUUAUAUGUAAUAAUACAUAAAAUACACUAUGCAUUAUAUUUGAUACAUUAUACUCUGUAGUAUUCAAGAUUUAUACAAUAUAUUGUAACUAAUUUAUCACAUGCCAUAUAGACAAUUCAUCUUACUGGCAAGUUUUCAAAAUUCUCCAUUCACAAAUUAAGUCCUCAUUCUUUAAUUUGGGGUCCACUGGCACUGGCAGGAAGGGGUAAAUCCUGAUGUUAAGAGUGCAUACACCAUUUGACUUAGUGUUGAAUAAUCUGGAUAGUUAGCCUGAUCAUUGGGAAGGAAAUCAUUUUCUUUUGAAUCCUCCUCUGGUUUUGUUUUGGAGGCAUAAAGUUAUGGAUGCUUAUAUAGUGCAACAGAAUUUUGUGUGAUGUGAUCUUUUAAAUGGAGUUUGAUCAAUUAAGGAGAUUGGAAAUCUUAGGUUUUAUAUUUUCCUUUCUAAUUUAUCUCAAAAUUAUUUUUAAUUAAAGUGGGACUUUUCUUGCUUUCAUACCAGGAGAUAGAUGAGAAUCUGUAACCUAUACCUUCCCCCAGGUGUUAAGUUUAAUGAAACAGUUCUCAGGAGUAAACAGAUGAGCAUGGAUGCCAGAAAGCAGGAAUAGAUUCCUCAUUUAGCAAUGUCUCUGAGUCUUACCACCUUCCUAAAAUGGUCAAGUGAGGUUAGAAAUGUAUGAGUUUUGUUGUGCAUUUUAUGGAGAAAACAAGUCCCGAGGCAUUUCUGUAUCCUUGUAUAGGCACAGCUUGAUCACCUAUGGAGUCCUAACUCAUAUUCAAUCUAGGCACAGGUCAUAGGAAGGAAAGGUGAGGUUUUGAUAUACCAUAUUUGUGCAGCACUAGCAAAAAUGAAUUGCACAGAGGAGGAUGCUUCAGCCUGAUUGAGUAGGUACUGAAAUCUUUUCAGUUAUCAUCAGGACAAAAGGCAUCUGGAGGGGUAUUUGAUUAGAAAGGUUUCAGAGGGACAUAGGCCAGAUGCUGGCAAAUGGGACUAGAUUUAUAUGGGAUAUCUGAUUAGCAAAGAGAAGUUGGACCGAAGGGCCUGUUUCCAUACUAUGAUGCUAAGAGUGCUCUGGAACAUACAGGGAGAUAUAAAAAUAUCCUCAGCAGCUGACCAAUUUUGUGUACUCAUUCUUGGGCUAUAGGCAUCUCUGGCACUUAUUGUCGAUCUGUGGUUCACUUCAGAGGGAAUUGGACCACUGACAGCUUGCUUGCAAUUUUCCAAGUAAAUUCUUUUCUGGAGUAAAUAGGUGAUUUAUGUAUGUGCACAGCUGGUGUAAUUUUUCUGUGUUUGGUAAUUUAAAGGGGCAGUCUUUUGCACAGUCUGUUUGGGGACUAACUGUUUGACUGACAGGAACAGAGAAUGUUGCUUACUGGCCCAAUCCAGAAGGCUGGCAAGUGUUAACAACAUUGAUAUGGAACUGGAGUCAAAAAUAAGUCCAGCUCAUACAUGGUCAGCCUAUCUGUUUCUUGGAAGGGUAUU